UAUUUUUUUCGAUCGCUUCAAUAAAAAUAAUGUUCGAUGUUCGAUUUUUAUUUAAUGUGGUUUUUUUGUUUGAUUUUGUUUGUGUGUGUGUUGCUUGUGUAUUUUUGGAUGUUGAUUGUAUAUCGUAAAUGUUAUUUCGAUCUGUUUGUGUGUGUGUUUGAGAUUUUGCUGUAUCCUUUGUUCGUGUGCGUGAUGAUGCUCUGGUUUUUUUCUGUUCUUGUUCGAUUAAGUAAUCAUUAGUCCGUUUCCGUUUUUCGUUAUUUGAGAUAUCCAUGAAGCCGCGGAAAACUUCCGGGUCAUUUAUGUCUUCGUCUGUUAAUUCACUCACCUUGUCUCUAUCGGGUGGAAGAUUUCGCAGAUCUGAUGGCUGCGACGCCAUUUUGUUUUUUUUUUAAUCACUUACCCUAAUUAUAUUCUAAAUUAAUUUUUUUCUCUUUUUAUUUUAUUUACAGCUAUAUUUUGAUGCGCCUUCUUUAUUGCUCCUUCACAUUAAUUUUGUAUUAAACUUGUUUUCAGUAAAACUAAAAAAACUAGAUUUGUAAAAUUAAAACUUAACAACGGCUUCCCUUUCACAGUCCUUGACUUGGAGUCGUUGAUUUUUUUGGGUGAUGCAUCAGUCGAUUGAUUUGUUUGGUAGAUGUCAAAUCACUUUCCAUAUGCUUUUGCAUACGUUUGUUUGGAAUUUACGAACGCCAGCAUCGAUAAAAAAAAUCAAUUCGAUAGAAAAAAUCAAUUUACGAACACGCCGUUAGUUGUAACUUUGAGGCUACCGUAAUUUAGAAAAAACUAUAAAACUAUGAAAACUAUAAAUCGACUAAAUCUUAAGUUCAAAAUGUAUAAAUUGAACUCGCUUCCGUUUAAAUUUGAAAUCUAUACGAAUGAACACUCGACAAGGAUAGAAAUGCAAAGAUGCCAGUUCAAUAGACGAAUUAACAACAAGGAAUACAUAAUUGUAUUUUGUAUUUCAAAUUAACUGUGAUUUCAAAGAAGCAGAGUUGCAUGUAUGUAAAAUAAUAAAAAAAAUGCUAUGAAAAUUGUGUUUCGCAUACUUUAUAUCGUUGCAUAUCCAAAUGUAAUAAUAUUUUUUUUUUCAAAGAUAUUUUCUUCCAUCCAACUGGCAACUCUUGAUAUCUCUGAUGUUUUCAGUAACGGGAGCUUCCCUAAACUCGCAUUAGAGUGGCAAUUGAUAGAAAGGAACUUUUUUUUUACCAAAUAAUAAAAUUUAACAAAAAAUGAAAUAAACGACUUAAAUACAAAAAAUGACCAAAAUUACAAAACUGACAAAAAAAAAUGAAACGAUUAUAAAAAAACUUAGAAAUUGCAAAAAUUUCAAAAAAUAUUAAAAUACAAAAAUAACAGUUUUUUUAAUUCUUCUUUUUGAGAUUUUAGUGCUUUCGCGUUAUUCAAAACUACAGAAGAGGAUUGAAAUAAUACUACUAUGCAUUAUUAAAUUUAAUUAAAUUAAAUUUAAGUCGGUUGUUUUGAAAUUCCACAAGACUGGUUUUGCAGUCACCCUAACGUGAAUUCAUUCGUGCACGUGCUUAUUCUUCUCUGGUUCAUUCUGUGUAAAUUCUCCAAAUUCUCUGCACUCGAGAGAGGAUUUUGAACCGUUUUCGUUCAUUCUUUGAAGGAUUAAAAUAAAAACAAAAUUCAUCGAUUAGAUUUUCUCUCGGAUUACUUCCAUUACUUCAAGCCUUCGAACACAGGCAAUUAAGGCAGAAAACAGUUAUUGCUAGGUUUUUUAAAAUUUAGGGAUUAUGUUUAAGAUUUAGCCUCAGAUAGCUAGGGAUUGAUCUAAAACCAUCUAUUGCAAUGUAAUCCUGGUACGAUUGAAGUUAAAUUGACACUAACUUCGGAACCAGAGAAAGAGAUCGGAUUUCGGAGUGGAAAAAAGUGCCAAAAGUUUCGCAGUAGAAAAUAUAAACAAAACUUAACGAGAAUGUUUCGUUUACGGGUUAAAAUAUUUUAUAUAUACAUUCUGAUUUCGUUUAUGCUGUCGGUAUAUUUAUUCUAUUUGAUUUCGAAAUAUUCCGUAGAAAAGUUUAUAAACUACCAGCGCAAUGCAAGAAACAACAAACUACCUGACCGGCCCAGGAUUCCUCAGAUAGUUGGCCACUAUGUUGCCCCCGGUGUUGUGGGGAACGUGUCCAGAGAUUUCAUGAACACCAACAAUUUUGCUCCGGUUCCGGGAGUCGGGGAAAAUGGUGAUCCGGUUGUGGUGCAAGCCAAAGAUCUACUCAAGAUGCAGCAAUUGUUCCAGAUCAAUCGGUACAAUUUGCUGGCCAGUGACAGGAUAGCCUUGAAUCGGACCCUUCCGGAUGUGCGGAAAUCGAAAUGUCUCAGUAAACAGUAUCCUUCGAAAUUACCCACGACGUCAAUUAUAAUAGUCUUCCACAACGAAGCCUGGUCCGUGCUGCUGAGGACGGUUUGGAGCGUUAUCGAACGAUCUCCGAGACAUUUAAUCAAAGAAAUCUUGCUGGUAGAUGACGCAAGCGAUAGGCGAUUUCUGAAAACCGAACUUGAGAACUACGUCCAGAAGCUGCCGGUUGUGGUCAGCAUUUUGCGACUGAACAAAAGGGAAGGAUUGGUGGCCGCAAGAUUGAUGGGAGCCAGAGUUGCGACUGGAGACACUCUUACAUUCUUAGAUGCUCACUGUGAAUGUUCACCCGGAUGGCUCGAACCGCUGCUGGCUCGCGUCCAACAGAACCCCAAAAAAGUGGUUUGUCCUGUAAUUGACAUAAUCUCUGACGACAAUUUUUCCUACAUCAAGAGUUUCGAAUUCCAUUGGGGUGCUUUCAAUUGGGAGCUGCACUUCCGGUGGUACACGCUAACGGAUGAGGAACUAGCAGAGCGCAGGAAGGACACGACUUUGCCUUUCAAGACUCCGGCCAUGGCUGGUGGAUUGUUCACCAUAGAUCGGAAAUACUUCUUCGAUGUAGGCAGCUACGACGAAAAGUUGAAAAUCUGGGGUGGAGAUAACUUGGAAAUGUCGUUCCGGAUUUGGCAGUGCGGCGGAGAGGUGGAAAUUGCUCCGUGCUCCCAUGUUGGACAUUUGUUUCGGAAAAGUUCUUCAUAUACAUUCCCAGGAGGUGUGAGUGGGAUAUUGAAUGAAAAUCUCGCUCGAGUUGCUCUAGUUUGGAUGGACGAUUGGGCCAAGUUUUUCUUCAAGUACAAUAAAGGCACAGAGGAGUUUAAGAAUUUGAAUGUUUCCUCGCGCAUCGCUCUAAGAAAGGAACUAAACUGCAAAUCCUUCGAUUGGUAUCUCCGUAAAGUGUGGCCUCAGAAUUUUUUCCCAGCACCUAACAAAUUUUUCGGACGCAUUCAACCAAUCGAUCUGAGUACUUUUGAUUACCAGGAGUACGUUACCCUGAUGAAGAAAAUAAACUUGAUCGUUAAGAAUCUCAAUCCAGAACUGAAGUGGAAGUUUCUGAUAAAAUAUUUAUCGGAAAAUGUGAAGAAAAUUGGCGAUUCUAUGAAAGCAGCCAAACAUAGCUCGUACUGUUUGCAGAAGCCAAAAUCCAGCUCCCUGACGUCAAAUCAACCGUACGGGCAAUCGUUUUUGAAAAAAUGCUCCCUUUUGAUCAACACAUUGGACGAAGCAUUUGUAAUCGACGACUAUGGUCGGAUUAUGAGUGAUGAAGGUGUCUGUCUAGACUCCUUUCGGAAGACCACCAUCGAAGGCGAAUCCGUUAGCGAAGGAACAAGAAAAAUCAAAAUGGUUACCUGUGGAAGUAGCAAAUCCGCUCAACGCUGGGUAUACGAAACGGAUACUUAUCAUCUCAGAAACACCAACAAUGGCGAAUGUUUGGAACGAGCUAUUACUCUCGCUCGGGAGGAUUCCGAGGAUAAGUUUGAACUUUUCCUCAAUCCCUGCGACGUGAGAAACGAACUGCAAAAAUGGAUGCUCUAUCCGGUAGCUUGGAAGUAAUCUGAGGCUUCAACUACUUACAAACAAACCACAAAUUGCACUAGUUAACAGCAGCGCAAACUACUAUAAACUAAGUACUCGAAGAAACUUUUUAAUCUUGGUAACACAAAUUUAAAUAUUACCGUACUUUCCCCUAUUUCAUUAACUAUAAGAGUAAACAUGAAAAACGUAAGAUAUUAAUGCCAUGUCCAACAAUUGCAGAAGACUUUUGUAGACUGUUAAGGGUUAGUUAUAAAGUUGAUAAAGAAAAAACCAUUCCAUAAUGACUGAAGUUAUAAAUAUUGAUCUGCUGUAUGGCUUCGCGCAAAUAAUUUUCAUCUACUGCUCUAAGUGUUGAUGUAUUUUUGGUUUUUUGUAUUUACUUACGGUUAGGUUUUAAUCUGUGAUAUUUCAUCAUUUGAUAUCGAAUAAAAAUGCCAAUUUUUGAUUCGCUCUAAU